AUGUGCGCCAGGCCAGGGUUCUUGCCGGGCGGGAGGGUGCCGGACGGGCUGGUGCGGCUGCUCCUGCUGGCGGCUCUGCUGCUCGGGCUCGAGUUCGUCGUGCCACCGUCGCUGGUCGAGGCGGGUUGCCGUCGGUUGGAGCAGAAACCGUGCGAGGCGAUUUGCGUUCGAACAACGAGCGCCGUCGACCGGAGCAGCGUCGCGGGAGCGAAUGCGACGGGCGUGGCGGAGGGUGCGGCGGGCACCUCGGGGUGGAUGUGCGAGCUGCGGGUCGUGGUUAUAAUGCCGGCCAACACCAGCGUCGAGGCGUCGCUGCCGCGCGUUCAGCCCGUCCUCGACAAGGCGGAGGAAUUUAUCCGUCGGGAAGGCAUCAUUCCGCCCGCCAUCAAGAUCAAGUGGAUUUCGUUCGACGACCGGUGCGAGCAGGCGCGGGCGACGGUGAUGGCGAUGGAUGGCACCGGAAGCAGCUCCUGCGGUCACGUCAUCCUUGGGCCGAGCUGUGAUUUUGCACUUGCGCCUGUUGCACGGAUCGCCCGGUAUAUUUACAACGACGGCAUUCCGGUGAUAACCGGCGCCGGAUACACGUUUGACUUCGAGGAACCGAAGACGCAUUGCGAGAACGAAUUUCACAUGCUCUUUCGCACCGGCUUGGUCAGCUUCAAGCGGAUGGCCUUCUUCAUGAUAGACCUGAUUCGCCACUUCAAGUGGAACCGCGUGGUCUACUUCUACGAGCGGCAGAGCUACUACAACGUGGCCGGCCCGCAGACGGGGCACCUGCUGAUGAACACGAUGGCGGAGUUUUUCCGCCACGAAAACAUCACCUACUCGCCGUUCUCGACCGACUCGGCCCGCACCAACCUCACCGAGAGCCUGAAGGAAAAGGUCGGCCUCAACUAUGCAAGUGAGUAUUGGAAACCACUCGCGCGGCGGUACAGGUCAGUGUUGUUCGAACGCUCGACAGCGACGAACGGAAUGAAGUGGGAUUUCGGAGAAGAACGGGACGAUUGUCUGCUGCUUCAUCUACCGAAGCCGUCACAGUCCGCGUAA